AUCUUCCCGAUCCCGCCCUCUAGAAUCUAGAUAGGCUAGUUUAUGGUGCGAGGUGGACAUCGGGAGGAGGAUAAGAGUAUUUCUGCGUUUUGUAAAUCUAAAUAAAGAUUUGUUUUAAAUUAUCGUGAAUCUCGUUGGCUUCGGAAAUUAACUACUCGGAAACAACCUGAAAAUGUCUAAUCCAUAUGCUUUUAUUGGACUACCUCUAGGCUCUCAAGCCUCUGGAUCUUCAAAUGCUGGACCCAUGACUCUUGGUCACAACCAUAUUACACUGGGAGGUCUUCCUUUUUCUGCUUUAAUGACUUCUGCUGGACAGGGUAUCCCAGGUCUACCCUUUACCAUGCAAUCUGCAGCAUUAGGUUUGGGGCUUGGAGGUAUGCUGGCAACCAACCAGAGAAUUUCUGGAGUCAACCGUGGACCUGAAGGCUUGGCUAGGCCAAACCCACACGAAAAUGAAAAUACAUCAGAGAAUGGGAAAGAAAAUGAGCGCUACUUAAACCAGUCUGGCAGCAGCAACAGCAGAGAGAGACAUGAUGGCAAGAACAGAGAAUCAAGAAAAAGAAUGAGAAGCAAUAGUCUGGCGUGUGAGAGUGAUGAUGACAUCAUGGUGCUUUCCAAUUCUCCCAGCAGUAAUGAACCUAGUGAACAAAGAGAUAAUAAUGCUCAGUCAAAUAAUGUUUGGGACAACCCUCCUAUGCCAAUGGGUCUGGGUUUCUCUAUGGCCAAUCCUUCUCUGGUCAACAACUCAAUGUAUUCAUCAGAUGCUUCCUCCUUCAUGGCAGCAAUGGGACCUCAAAUGCCCUUUGAUUUUGGCCUUGUCUCUGGUAUGGGAAAUGUUUCACAUCCAACCAAAGAACCAAUUCAUCUCAAAAGCUGUGUGCUUUUUCCACCUAAUCCACAAGCCCCGCUCCCAACAACAAGAGAACGUCCUCUCGGAUGCAAGACCGUUUUCGUUGGAGGAUUGGCUGAAAAUAUUACUGAGGAAAUUUUGAGAGAGAUAUUUGAACGGUGUGGCAGUAUACUUACGAUACGGAUGAGCAAAAAGAACUUUGCUCAUGUCAGAUUUGAACGUGAAUGCUUCGUCGAUACUGCUAUUCUUCUCUCAGGUUAUCGUGUACGUUUGAACAACCAGAAACCAGACGCUAAUAAUCCAAGUACCAGCAAUACAAGCAGCGGCCGGCUGCACGUCGACUUUGCACAAGCGCGAGACGACCAAUAUGAAUACGAAUGUCAAGCACGACGGCUUGAGCGUGAAUUACGCCAUCGGCAGAGAAUUGAAGAGGACAAAUGGAGACCGCCUUCGCCACCACCAGUGCCUCAUUAUGCCGAACACGAAGCACAUGUCGUGGUCGAACAGUUGAAAAAUGAGGAAAGGUUUGGUCGAGCCGUUCAGAUCUUAGCUACUUGGCUUGAACGUGGCGACUGCUCCAAAAGAAAUUCAAAUGGUUUCUACUCAAUGAUCCAAUCUGCUCAUGCACAUUUGCGUCGUCUGGGAUCUGAAAAAAGUCAACUAGAAGAAGAGGCUCGUAGGACCCAUGAUUCUUUACGGCAGAAAUUCCUUCAUCUGACCUCGCAACUGGGUGAAAUGGAGCGGCUAUUUCAAGCAGCAAGUCAUCAAAAAGCCUGGGAUCAUUUCACCAAAGCUCAACGAAAGAGUCUCGAGUCGUGGAAAAAACACGUGAUGGACAUUAAAUUGGAGCCCACUGUCGAGUUUUUAACGAGCAGCAAAGAUGACGACAACAUGGAGUUUUCAGAUUCCGAAUCGGAUGAACCCCGCCGCUACAAGUCUAACGCUUCCGAAAAAAGCAUUGCGCAUCUUAAGGAGGAAAAUGACAGUUUACGUUGCCAACUCGAGGCUUAUAAAAACGAAGUGGAGAUAGUUCGUUCCGACCUUAAGCUGGAGCUGCAAAUGAAGGAACAGCACGUUAAAACCCUGGAAAAAAAUUUGACUGAAGAGAGAUUAAGAUCCAUAAAGGAUAAAUCAACUUCAUUACCCAUUCAAUUGGCUAAUAGUACCGAUGCGCCUGACAGUCUUUCUGAUGAUCGUUCCGCCAAAUUUCUAAGUUUACUAUCAGUUUUCCUCUCUGUACAACACCAUGGUACGAGUCUCAACGAUGUUUACGAAUUCGUCCGAAAAUCGGAUAGCUCUUGCACCAAAGAAGAAGUGGAGAAAGUUUUACUUCGUAAUAAAGAGCUUUUUUCUUUUACGUCUGACCUUUGGCGUUUCAAGUUGUUCUUCCUUUAGAAUAUUAAGAUCAUAGCCCAUUUUCUGUAUUGAAUCAACAUACACACUCGUCUGUUACAAUCUUAA